AUGGGCGUGUCCCGCACCCAGUCACUCGCCACCCUCUCUCCAGGGGAGACGGUUUUUAAACAUGACAAACCCAGCGAGGUUAUGGAAAUGAGUGUAUGCAACUUCGCUCUUUCCUGGCGCCCAUAGGUGAACAGUCACACACACGCGCGCGUGCAUUCAUUGGGGCCGAUUUUGCAUCCCCGCGCCUGGCCUCGGGCGUUGGGGGCGGCGCCCCGGCGCGCUCCCAGCACUGGGAUUAAGCUCAAGGGCUUUGCUGGGCUGUUUGUUUUCCGAGGUCGUUGCGUCCCGGUGGCCUCGAGGUGGUGGUAGGGUCGCCCCCUGCAGUCCGGAGGCGAGCGCACGAACCCGGCCUCCGGAGGAAGGUUCAGCUGGGAGAAACAGCUCCCGCUUGGUGCUACGCUUGCGCAAAAUGAUUCUGAGCUUACUCACAUGGCAUUCUGGUAUAGCAACAUGAAAUGCAAGGAACCAAAAGUAACAUAAUUGAAGGCAGUAAACCAGAAAUUAAAUAGAAAGAUCAUCAGUCAAGGAAGACCUACUGGAAAAUAGGGUCUUGCUCUGUCACGCAGGCUGUGUUCAGCGGCACAAUCACGGCUCCCUGCAGCCUUGACCUACCAGGCUCAAGCAGUCCUCCCACCUCAGCCCCUCAAGCGGCUGGAACCACCGGUGUGCAUCACCAUGCCCAGGGCUGGAAAAUAAAGGAAGCAGUGUUUUAUGUGUAUUCCAGCAGGUCUUCUUGAAAUUUAACUGAAAAUAUGACUGCUCUCUCUUCAGAGAACUGCUCUUUUCAGUACCAGUUACAUCAAACAAACCAGCCCCUAGAUGUUAACUGUCUGCUAUUCUUGAUCAUACUUGGGAAAAUAUUAUUAAAUAUUCUCACACUAGUAAUGAGAAGAAAAAACACCUGUCAAAAUUUUAUGGAAUAUUUUUGCAUUUCACUAGCAUUCGCUGAUCUUUUACUUUUGGUAAACAUUUCCAUUUUAUUGUAUUUCAGGGACUUCGUACUUUUAAGCAUUAGAUUUACUAAAUACCACAUCUGCCUGUUUACUGAAAUUAUUUCCUUAACUUAUGGCUUUUUGCAUUAUCCAGUUUUCCUGAUAGCUUGUAUAGAUUAUUGCCUGAAUUUCUCUAAAACAACCAAGCUUUCAUUUAAGUGGCAAAAGUUGUUUUAUUUCUUUACAGUAGUUUUAAUUUGGAUUUCAGUCCUUGCUUAUGUUUUGGGAGAUCCAGCCAUCUACCAAAGCCUGAAGCCACAGAAUGCUUAUUCUCAUCACUGUCCUUUCUAUGUCAGCAUUCAGAGUUACUGGGUAUCAUUUUUCAUGGUGGUGAUUUUAUGUGUAGCUUUCAUAACCGCUGGGGAAGAAGUAACUACUUUGGUACAGGCUGUUAAGAUAACUUCCUAUAUGAAUGAAACUAUCUUAUAUUUUCCUUUUUCAUCCCACUCCAGUUAUACUGUGGGAUAUAAAAAAGAAUUCUUAUCCAAGCUCAUUGUCUGUUUCCUUGGUACCUGGUUACCAUUUGUACUACUUCAGGUAAUCAUUCUUGUAUUUAAAGCACAGAUUCCAGCAUAUAUUGAGAUGAAUAUUCCCUGGCUGUACUUUGUCAAUAGUUUUCUCAUUGCUACAGUGUACUGGUUUAAUUGUCACAAACUUAAUAUAAGAGACAUCGAGUUACCUUUAGAUCCAUUUGUCAACUGGAAGUGCUGCUUCAUUCCACUCACAAUUCCUAAUUUUGAGCAAACUGAAAAACCUCUAUCAAUAGUGACUUGUUAAUAUUGUGAAGUAAAAGUUACAACUAUAGUAAGGUCAUAAUUUUACAAACAACUCAGGACGUAUUAAAAAAUAAACUGAACUAAAGCUUUGCCCCUUAACUUUGAUACCUUUUCAGAAUAUGUCUUUUGGGGCUGUGAUUACUAUUUAUUAAAUAGUGUUUUAUUUUAAAAACAAAAGAAUUCCAAGAAGUUUUUAUACUUAUUAAGGGACACUAUAUUAAUUUGUUAUUAACACGAAAAGUGAAAUGAGUUAGCAUUUGGCCAUACUGAUGUGUGUGUUACCCCGAAAAACUACUGGAUGUAAAUCUGAGAUUUCACUAACCACUUUAAGGCAUCAACCUAAAUAAACGUUUUUAUUAAAUGUUCAAAUGACAGCAAGAAAAUAAAAACUGUUCUUAAAAUGA